GACUGGAGGAAGACUUCUUACUAAUUAAUUGUGUGGGCGGUGGACUUUAUGUAUGGCAAAUUGAAACUGGUACACUGGAUAGGUACAUUGAGGGAGAGACUGCAAAGAUAAUAUUAGAUAAUACCAUAUCAUCCAAUAAACUAAUAAAUUCACCUCAGACUUCUCCUAUACAAGUCCGUAGCCUGUCUCUUGGUCAUGAAUAUUCAUUGAUUCAGAUAUUAUUAUUCGAUCCUCAAUAUUUGAUUAAUAAGCUCCAGAAGAUGGAGAAGGUUGUCUCUAAGCCACGCCCAGUCAGCGACGUCACUCCACAUGCAAGAGCUUUCAGACGAUACAUAUCAGCCAGGAAGAACUUUAACGUAUCUGAAAUAUCACCAUCUAUACAACGUAAAAGUGGUCAACCUGAUGCUAGUCAUGCUUCUCCUCGGGAACAAGCCAAAGCUCUUGAAAAAAUUGGUGAUGCAGUGGCUGGUGUUAAGUCAGAGGUUAUCAAGCCAGAGCCUCCAGACACUACCAUCAACACUGCUAGACUCCUAGUAUCAUGCCUUCAUGCAUGGAACCUUGACAACACACUGGACAAAGAAUGUGAGGAUACAUUAGGAUUAGUAAGACCAUCCUGUCCUGUCUCAUUCGGUUUAACAAGUAAAGGAGGAGCACUCUCACUGGUACUGCCUGGCUGGGGACUGGUUAAAGAGAGUCCAGCACCUGUUCAUAAUAAUCCAGGAGUAGCUGUAGAUGAUUUAUUGCUACUGAACCAACUAUCAGAAACGCAAAGUGCCAUCAAUGCCACACUCUCUGUACACAAGGAGAGGUCAUUAACAGUUCCUGUCAGUCUAGAGGAGGAGGAGGGAAGGAGAGAGGAGGAGAAGGACAUCAAUGAGGAAGGGAUCCAGUCUGAACUAUUGAAUCAUGUUAGGUGGCAGUUGUCAAGAUCAUUAACCACACAGCAUUUACUAACUGUGGUAUCCAUCACUAACACACUGAUGAAUCAGACCUGGGGAGCUCAUAUGCUAGCUACUGGAUCUGGUGUCAACAGGAGGUUAGCUAGUGAGAGCACAGAAUCCGACGACGGUUCCUCUGAUGAAGAUGAUCACACGUUACGUGACAACCUAAUAAGAGGAACCUGGUCCAAGGUUGCUGCACUCCAUUGUGUAAUGCUCCCUGAGAGAAUGGCUGACUACUUCAGACCACCUCAUCUACCAGUACUGGCAUCUCGCUUUAUGGACCCUACACAGGCUAUAAGAGAGGCAGCUCAGGCUUUAUUGCAGUCCGAGUUAAGACGUGUUGGCGUGAAAGGAAGAUUACAGCUAGUCUCUCACUGGUCUAGUAAGCUACACUCUCCAAGCUCUUUCAAAACAACUCACGAUCAUCGACCGAAAUCACACGAUGAGCCUGAUUAUUAUGAUGUGGGUGUGACACAGGCCACACCCACGCAGCAACAGCAGAUGACGGCUCUGGUUAUAUUAGGAAUGAUAGGGGCCGAGUUUAAUAUAGAGACUAAGAGAACUCCUCAAUUGCAGAAACAGGCCAAGAAGAGCUCAAGGAAGAAAGUGGAGUCAAUGCCACCAGGAGCAAGUGCAUCUGAUGAAUUCGAGGUCUUAGACCCUCAGGUUGCUAGACAGACUGCUAAGACUCUUGAGGCUGUUCUCUUAGAUCGUCCGUUACAAAAGAGCUCACUCUAUUCUCCUCUCCGCUGCUCAGCUGCUGAACUAAUGGGACGGGGAUUUCACCUCUGGGAGAAAUAUGUGAACGUUCCAUCAGUAGUAAUGGGGCUCCUUGAUCUAUCAGUCCUUCCUCAUAUAACAGCUACAGUCACUAGCCCUACUGGGGCUGCUCCUGGGACACUGGAUGAGAAGGCCAGUAAGAAGAUGAGGGCUGCUAAGUUUUUAGCGGAGACUGCAAAGCGAGCUCUGAAUCUGAUGGUUUUGCUGAGGCCGACUACAGUUGUGACAGCAAUAGCUAAAGAGCUCUCGUUGUUCCUUGGGUCUCAGCAUGGGACACCAUUCCCUCAUCCUUCACUGCCUCCAUUGCAAGUUGGACAGACUCCGCCUCCUAAUACAAACGGUAUAGUUAGUCAGGCCAGUGUCCUGCUCCCAGCUGCUAAAGAAGAAAUGUUUGAACUUGUUAGAACUAUUCUAGAUAAAUGCUCCGGACAUGUUUCAUCACAAAUACUAGAUGUUGCUGAUAUUGCACUUUAUUGUCUUGAUCAGGAUGAAUUGAAAAGGAAAAAUUUUAACGAUUUAUUCCCAUCAUUGACAAGAUUACCUAAUGUUAGUUAUUCCUUGCGUACUAAAAGAUUAGCUGUUGGUGCUGGUUCUGGUCAAAUUGGUAUUUACGAUUUAAAACAGCGAAAAACUCAAAUGAUCAACGCCCACUCUCAUCAGGUUAUAGUCCUCUCAUUUUCAGAGGAAGGGAAGUACUUGGCUACUUAUUCUUAUGGUGACUCAAUGCUUAAAGUCUGGCAGAUUAGUACGUCCAUUCUAAGUGGUGUCAUCAAUUCAGCUCCAAAGUGUAUUCACAACUGGCCAGCAAUAUCAAACACAACAACGGCUACUAAUUAUAAUUACGUUAGAAUAGAAUGGACUUCUAAUAAAUCUGUUGUCCUACACAUGCCUGGUGGAAUCGAAUAUAAAUAUUCUUUAUAAAUAUUAAUAAAUAAUUGCUAUUAUCUAAUUUCUGUUGCUUCUUGUUUGUUUAUUUGAAAUAAUACUAUUAAGCUGCACAUACA